AAUUCUCAAUACACCGCAUAGAUGACUGACGUGCUGCUAGAACCCGAGGACAUGGCCACCGUGGCCGAGGCUUUGGCCUUCAUCGACGCCUGCGAGGGCCAUGUAAGCCCCAGUGUCAGCGGCAACACAAGCAGCAGCGACAGCGGGGGCUCCCCACUGCCCGAUAACCAGAGUUUGACUGUAUCAACCGACUUUCCCAGCGAUUUGAAGCCGCAAAAGCCCAAACGUAAGCGCCGAUCAAAGAAUCCCGCGGGGUAUUCAACGCGAUUUUUGCAUCGUAAGAAGGCGGAGAUGCAGCAGUUGAGGGACGAGGCAGUGCGGCUGGAAGCUCAGCUGGAAAAGCUGAGAAGCACACGAGUAGUGGGCGUUGGAGCCCUUGCGGCUCACGUCUCUCAGUUAAAGAAGAAGGCGAACUGUAAGUGGAUGGAGGUGGCCAUGAUCGAGUUUCAGAGACGACAGAGCGCCGAAUACACCAAUAGGAAGCUCAGGGCGCUACUGGCGAAUCAGAUGAAAGUCGAUGAAGCUUUACGUGGCGUUGUGAUGAAUAAUUCGGUCCUGGAGGGAAUGAACUUUCUGUAUAACAAGCCACCGACGUCGCGACAUCCGCUGGCAACAGUCGACAAUAGUUCAGUGAUCAUGGCGGAGCUGGAGAAGAAAGUCUCGGAGAUGUACUUGGAAUCCUCGCUAUUAUUCGAUGAGGAGACGGGGACUUUACGUCUUAAAUGCGAAACGCAGCGCCGAGUCGAUCCGCAACUUGGUCCGACAGUGGAAAUCGUCACUAGUGCGCCUCUGUCGUGCUCUCUAGAAGCUGCAAGUUCUUCACUCUGGAAAGAGUUGACUACAAUCCGCACGUAUCCGGACAAAUCGUUCCGUUACAUGCAAACGGGUACGCCGAAUGUGAUGGAGAAGAGCUUUGAUCAGAUUCUACGGGGAAAUGACGGGGCGAUGCCAGUAAAUGGCUUGCAGUACAUGAGGCAAUUCAAGGAGGAGAACCGCGUUGUACUGGCCCGAGCGUACAGAAUGCUCCUGCCCACCGACGGCUUGCAGCUUCGUGCAAACGCGUGGACUAUUUUCUCUCGGUCCAAGACGAAUCCUGCUGAAGCCUCGGAGCUGCGAUCUUUCGUGCAGCUUUAUAUGGAGAUCCAGCCAGGAUUCGCAGCAAUCCCCGAGGAUGUUGCGUACUUGAAGGACGUCGCGUUCGAGUCGUGGAGUAUGAAGAUGCGAGGCCAUGCUCAGUAUUUACAGGAAGUGCUGAUCGAAGCUGCGUCUGAUGCCCCAGCGGGGACAUCCCAACUACUGCUGAAAUCGAUUUGUUGACUUGGAAAUCGACGUCUCGCCUUGUAAUACAGUAGAUGUCGACAACGUUCUAUGAUUUUUUUUUUUUUUUUUUGGCUAGAAUAUGUAUUAUUAUUAAUCGGAUGAGUAAGAAAACUAAAGUCAGGGUCCACGAAAUACGAAAUACUACAAGUACGUUUACGGUCCCUGUUCUGGUACUAGAGAUUCAAAUCGUCUGCCUCAUCGAUCAGUCGGUUUUGUAGAAGCUGCG